GGGUACCCAAAUCUAUAAUUUUAAGCACUCAUCAAACUCUUUGGUGGUACGUACCGAUUCUACUGCUACUGAUCAUGACUUCAGACUGUAAAAUCAAGAUGAUGAGCUUAGAUUACUGUUCCAGCUGCGAUUGUGGGAAUUUUCACUCCGGUUUUGUCCUUGCAUGAAUCGAGCUCACUUUGGGUUGUCGAUUUGCACUUAUCCGGCCUAUAUAUACAUACAGCUUAUAGUACUGCAAUGGAUCAGAAAGGAGAGAACUACUCGGCAGCUUUUCCGUCGAGUUUUGCCGGCCCGGAUUAUCCUCUUGAUCAUCAUCUUCACCUUCAUCAUCAACAUGAGCAACAACAGUUCAUGAAGCCACGGAUUGGUGAAACCUCAGGAGAUCAUGAUAACAAUAACGGGAUGGUUGAUUACUUGCUGAGUAAUCCUCAACAUCAACAACCACAAAUAGCUUCUGGAUUUUGCGGUUCGAGUUCUUUUGAUAAAUUGAGCUUCGCUGAUGUGAUGCAGUUUGCAGAUUUUGGGACAAAGUUGGCCUUAAACCAAACCAAGAUUUCCGAGGAUGAUCAAUCCGGGAUUGACCCGGUUUACUUCCUUAAGUUCCCAGUUCUGAAUGACAAGCUGGAGGAUCGGCAUCUAAUGAUUAAUCCACAGCAUGGAUCAGCAGAUAAUCAUGAAGAGAGGUUCAAAAGGGUGGGCGUGGAAGAUGAGGUUAGAGUAUUGCUGGGAGAAGAAGAAGGGAUAAGAGAGGAUGAAGAAGCUCGGAUUUCUGAAAAUACCUCGGUGCAGCUCCGGUUUCUGGGUGAAGAUCUGCAAAAGAACCCUACACCCGAAGCAAAGAACAAGAGGAAAAGACCAAGAACAAUCAAGACGAGCGAGGAAGUGGAGAGCCAGCGGAUGACUCACAUCGCUGUUGAAAGAAACAGAAGGAAGCAAAUGAAUGAACAUCUUCGCGUGUUGAGGUCCCUAAUGCCUGGCUCAUACGUACAAAGGGGAGAUCAAGCUUCAAUUAUUGGAGGAGCCAUUGAUUUUGUGAGGGAAUUGGAGCAACUUCUCCAGUGCUUAGAAUCACAGAAGCGGCGUAGACUCUUUGGAGAAGCUCCAAGACAGGUGGGAGCUGCAGAUUCCUCUCUUGCAGCCCAACAACCCCAGCCACCAUUCUUUCCAGCUGCGUCUCUUCCAAAUGAUCAAUUCAAUCUUCUGGACUUUGAGAGCGGACUCCGAGAGGAGACAGCUGAGAACAAGUCCUGCUUGGCUGAUGUUGAGGUGAAGCUUUUAGGGUUUGAUGCCAUGAUAAAGAUUCUUUCUAGGAGAAGAACAGGACAGCUUAUUAAGGCCAUCGCGGCACUUGAAGAUUUGCAGCUCAAUAUUCUUCACACCAACAUUACAACCAUCGAACAAACUGUUCUAUAUUCGUUUAAUGUCAAGGUUGCCACAGAAUCGAGGUUCACAGCUGAAGAUAUCGCAAGCUCGGUUCAACAGAUUUUCAGUUUCAUCCAUCAAACUGCACCAUGUGACGUAAUCUAGUUAAAGAUCAUCAAAGAUGAUGAUCGAGCUGUUGUCUUUCUUCAAUAUUGGGUCUUAAUUAUCAGUACCCUUUUUUCUUUUGGAUUUUCUAUUUUUGUUGGAAAAAAACUGUAAUCGUAUGGUCUUGAUCAUGAUAAGCCUUAUUUCCUCUGGAUGUCUGAUCUCUUGCGAUACAUGUCAUGAUGUGGGGGAGGAAGGCCGGACGUUCUAGGCGGUGGAGGAGUUGCAUGUGGAGACAAUAUCUGCAUGGCUUUUGUGUGGAUUAAAAUGAUUUGAAAUUAUAUGAGAGGAAGGUCAACGAGUCCCUUACCUUCUUGUCGUUGACUUGUCAGAAAUGACAAUUUUGGUUGUAUUUGGCUGAGGUUCAGAUGCUGCCAUGCUUUUACGGUCCCCUAUGUAGUAGUACUACUAGAACUCUUUUGGAUCUGAGAAAGGGUCUUCGACUGUGUUCAAUCAUGCAUGCUUGCUUAGUC